AUUGGAUGAAGUGCUAAAAAUUGUCAAACCGCAACACUUUCUACCUAUCCAUGGAGAACUUGUAUUCCUUAAAGAGCAUGAGUUGCUGGGAAAAUCAACUGGCAUUCAUCAUACUGCAGUUAUAAAAAACGGGGAGAUGCUGGGAGUUUCACAUUUGAGAAACCGAAGGGUUCUAUCAAAUGGUUUCAUUUCCCUGGGGAAAGAGAAUUUGCAGCUGAUGUACAGCGAUGGUGACAAAGCAUUUGGAACAGCUAGUGAACUGUGUGUUGAUGAGAGGAUGAGAAUUGCAUCUGAUGGUAUUAUAGUUGUCAGUAUGGAAAUUUUGCGCCCUCAAGCUAUAAAUGGUUCUGUCGAAGCAGCUCUAAAAGGAAAAAUAAGAAUUACCACGCGUUGCUUAUGGCUUGACAAAGGAAAACUUUUGGAUGCACUUCAUAAAGCUGCACAUGCUUCACUAUCAAGCUGUCCUGUCAAUUGCCCUUUGGCCCACAUGGAAAGAACUGUUUCCGAAGUUUUGAGAAAGAUGGUGAGAAAGUACAGUAGCAAAAGACCCGAAGUUAUAGCUAUUGCUAUUGAAAAUCCAGACGCUGUUCUUGCAGAUGAGAUUAAUGGAAAACUAUCUGGAAAGUCGCAUGUUGGCUUUGGGAUUCCAGCAUUGAAGAAAGCAGUUGAUGGACAUCAAAAGAGCAGACAACUUUCUGGCACACUAGAGGACGAUGGCAAUGGACUUGCAAGUACCGCAGAACAAGAAUUGCAAGUUCAUGACAUUGACAACGCGGGACUUCUUGAUGAGAAAGAAACCUCUUCAAGUUCUGAACCAGAAAAUUCUCCCAAUGGUGAUGACAAUUCGGAUGAUUUUUGGAAGUCAUUUGUUGUACCGUCCGUGGUUAAUCAAUCAGAAGGUAACAGCUCUUUUCUUCCAGAACCAGAGCGAGAUGAGGUGGCCAGAAUGGAAAACAGUGAACUUGAUCCCAGCACACCAAAAUCUAGAUUAAAACCAAAGACUGCAAAACGGAACAAAUGGAAACCUGAAGAGGUUAAGCAGCUAAUUGAAUUGCGCGGGGAACUCCACAGCAGAUUUCAAGUUCUCAGGGGACGGAUGGCCCUUUGGGAAGAGAUAUCUUCAAAUUUGUUAUCUGAUGGAAUUACUAGAAGUGCCGGACAAUGCAAAUCAUUGUGGACGUCGCUCAUUCAGAAAUACGAGGAAUGUAAGAUUGAUACAAAAAGUCGAAAGACCUGGCCAUAUUUUGAUGAAAUGGAUAAGAUUUUAUCAGAUUUGGCAACGACAGCGCCCAAAUGAUCAGUAUGAUUCAGUCUGUCUUCGGGAAGCAAAGAAUCAAGAGUUGAGGAUGAAAUAGUAAAGUGAACCUCAUGGAGCAGUGCAAAAUCACGAGAUAUGGCGAUAUGAAAAUGGAAAGAGGUUCAAAGUACUCCAUUUCUGAAGAUUUAUUGUUAAGAGGUCAAAAAAAAAAUCAUUCAGAACAUGCUCGUAAUGAUGUUUCUGUGACAUGUAUAAUGUUAUACAGAAAACGUGUGAAAGGGAAUCAAUUUUGUAGGCUAGCAUGUUAUAUUUACCGUUAAGAGUUCUGCUUAGUGUACAGCACUUGGUGCAGUACACUUUUAUUGUGAGGGGCCCCACAAAUUUAAUAUUGAUGUGGGCCUCUUCAACAUGUGAGAGGGCUAUACACCAUGCUAUGUAGCAUGGUGUACAAAUAGAUUUUCCCUUACUGUUAAAUGAGUAAAGAAUUUGUAAUCAUUUAAUUAA